UAAACAUCUCCACAUUUUAUAACUUUACGUCAAAUAUUCAACAGUUUAAAAUAAAUUUUAAGCUAAUUUGGUUAAGUGAAUUAAUUAAAGUAAUAUUUUAGUUCUUGCUUAUUCAGCAAAUUUCAAACCUAACAUAUUUAUAUCGUUGUUACAAAAAUACUUAAAACUCAAAUCUACGUACCACAUUAAUUAUUAAAGUUAGUGAAUUAAAGCCAAUAAGUUCAUCUGCAGAAAUUGAAAUGGAAUCCAUUUUCACAUUUCAUCAAGCAAACUUUGUUGGACGCCUAGAGACCACCUUCCUCGCAGAGGUUUACGCUAUCGAGGAGCGAGUUGUGCAAUCUGCCCAACAGACGCCAUACCUUCGCAUUAUGCUGACGCAGGAUGACGGGGACACAAUUAUGGUGGCAUUGGCGAUCGGGAAAUUUUACCACGUUGCAAAUAAACUUUAUAAGGUCGGCCAAGUUUACUGCUUCCCACGUGGCAUGUUCGAGAUCCGUCCGCGUAAUCCAGUCUUCCAAUCCUGGUCAAGUUAUCCGUACGAUUUGUUGUUUCGCAACGAUUCUGGCGAAAACAAAUCCCCCAAAAUAAGCCGCCGUCCUCCUGUGGAGAAUGAUGUUAAUAGUGUUGUCUCAUCUCGUCAUCAAAUAUGCAGAACAUCGCUGAACGCUGACACGGACAACAACUGGAGGAGAAGGAGAUGUGCAUGAACAUGAACAUUUUUAUGUCCUAUUAUGAAUGUAUUUUUCAUGUAAAUUCUCCAAUAUUUUUUAGAUCAUUAAGGUCGUUAAGUAUCUAGCGUUUUUCAUUAAUAUUAUUAUAUUUUUUUUAUUAGUAAAAUAUUUAUGUAUGCAUCGGUGCAGUUGACUAAAAUUUAUAAAAGCGUAUGUAUAAUUUUAACGAAUAAAUUACUCAGGUUAAAUAUGAUUUAAAGUUUUCAGCGAAAUUUUGACAAACCCGCAGCUAUAUGCAUACAUAUGCAAAUACAUACAUACAUUCAUUCAUUACAAGUACGCAUGCACCCAAUAUUAACUUAUCACACUUACAAGAUUACAAUUAUCAUCGCAACCCAAUUUAAAUUAAUUUUUUCUAUAAUAACCAAGUAAAAUUUUUCAUAUGGCAUGGAGAAAAAUUGCAAAAAAAUGUUUAUGACACGCUUUGCAUCUUAUGUAACUAACGCAGAACAGUGGUGAUUAAUGGACUACAUAUUUAAAUGCAACUUGUGUUAAUAAUUCGUCGUGAGCAAUCUUAAUUCUUAAAUUUUUAAUUAUCUCUGUAUAACGUCAGUGAAAUCAGACUACAUACAUAUGUAAGUUCGAUCGAAUGAAUUGAUCGAUUUUUAUUCAUAAAAUUAAAAAAUUCUAGUAAGUAAUUACGCAUUAUAAAAUUAUGUCAAAUUCACGAUGAUGUACAUUUUGCAAGUUUCAACUCGUUAAAAUUUAAAACCAUGUUGAAAAAUGUGUAAAAAAAAAGUUAAUGAAAUAAAUAA